CUGAGUGCUGCUCCUCCUGCUGUCUGGUGGAGAAGUUUGUCCGUGCUGGCUUUCCAUCCGCCCCCUGCAGCUUUGUUUCAUUGACAAAAACAGGGAAGAGUUUUAACCUGCUGCGGGUUUCAGAGCGCGCUGUUGUCGGAGACUCGCUUUCAUCGCGUUUAAACUCGUGACUGGAGCCGCUCGCUCUCACACGGAGAGAGACCGGGGCUGUACAGCGGGUUUAUACCGGGUUUAAACAGCCACCGGCCGGGCUGUUCAACAGGUAGCCCCGCCGCCGCUGCUGCUGAUCCAGGACUCAGGACACAGUUCAGCCGGGGAUCCGCGGUCAGCUGGAGUUAAGAGCUGUGAGCUGGUCUGUGGAAGGGAACAGUCGGUCUGUUUGAGUUCUGACUGUGCAUCCCUAAACAAACCCCUCCAGGUGGUCGACCUUAGUUUUGAGUGGUUUUGCUGGGGCCAUGAGGAGCCAUGGCGGAGCUGGAGGUGGAUCAGACUAAUCUGCCCAGGGUUCAGGAGGUGUGCCAGUGUUUUGCGGUGCUGGAGGAUGGAGCACUAGCACAUAACUUACAGGAGCAGGAGAUUGAGCAGUACUACAGCUCAAACGUGCAGAGGAAUCAGCUGGUUCAGAAUGACAUCCGUGUAGCCAAGAGGCUGCAAGAUGAGGAGCAGGAAAGAGCUUACACCCUCCAACGCCAGUCUACACAGCAACUGGAAGAGCAGGACUCUGAGUAUGCGCGCAGGAUUCAGGAGGAGCUGCAGCGAUGUGCUGAGGAAACUCUGAGGAGGGAAAUAGAAGAUGAGGAAAUAGCAAAGCGCAUCCAGGAAGAGGAAGAGCUGCUUGUCAGACAGCGUUUAGGGUGCCAGAGAACAGCUGAUGCAGAGAACAGCAGCUUACCCACCACACAUCACACACUUCAGCCUGAGCGCCCACUCCUCAGUGAGGAGGAAGGCCAAUAUGACUGGGCAUCACACAGACGGGCCUGCUCACCUUCUCCCUCCACCUCAGACUAUGAGGAGGACCACCCUCAACACAGGGGGUACCAUUCUGAGUACCGCAGAGGCCAUGUUGAGCAGAGACAGCGGCCUGGGUGUGACCCGCCAUGCAGAAACUCUGCUGUGCGGCGGAGCGACAGGAGCUCUACAAGCCAGAGCGGUCACCUGGGGCAAGGAAGCAGGAGCUCUAUAAGCCAGAGUAGGCAACUAAUGCAGGGUAGCAGGAGCUUCAUAAGCCAGAGCAGUCAAUUAGGACAAAGCUACAGCUCUGUAGACCAGAGUAAUCAAUUGAGACAGAAAAGCAGGAGCUCUACAAGUCAGAACAAUCAAAUGAGGCAGGGCAGCAGGAGUCAAUUUGAACAAGACACCAGGAGCUCUAUAAGUCAGAGCAGUCAAUUGGGACAAAGUUACAGCUCUGUAGACCAGAAUGGUCAAUUGGGACAGAACAGCAGGAGCUCUCUAAGCCAGAGCAGUCAAAUAGAGCAGGACCGCAGGAGCUCUGUGAGCCAGAGCAGUCAAAUAGAGCAGGACCGCAGGGGCUCUGUGAGCCAGAGCAGUCAAAUAGAGCAGUACCGCAGGGGCUCUGUGAGCCAGAGCAGUCAAAUAGAGCAGGACCGCAGGAGCUCUGUGAGCCAGAGCAGUCAAAUAGAGCAGGACCGCAGGAGCUCUGUGAGCCAGAGCAGUCAAAUAGAGCAGGACCGCAGGAGACCUGUGAGCCAGAGCAGUCAAAUAGAGCAGGACCACAGGAGCUCUGUGAGCCAGAGCAGCAGUUCUGGGCGCUUUCAGGGUGGAUGGGGUGACGUUGUCAGGCUCAUAAAGAACGACUUAAGCGAGCAAGGCUACCUAAGUUGCAAUUCCGACGACGAACUCUUCGAACCGGUCUAUCGACUCGAGAGAAUGCUCAGUCAACGCCAGCAGAUCCCAGAUCAGUUUUGUGAGCGUGAGGUUAGGUUGAGCCGCCAUAGCAGUGUGAGGGAGGCUUCUGGAAGAACCUGGCAAGAACGUGCUAUUGGUAGGACACAAAGCUUCAGGAGCUCAACACGGAGUGAUAGCAGAAGUGUGAGGUCGGAGGGCAGGCCAGUGAGACGCUAUAACAGCAGCUGUAGCGACUCCAGGUCCGGAGAUAGCAGGAGACACGUCCACUUCCAGGAUGAGUCAAGGCGCCGUAAUGGUUAUAGUAGCGAACAAAGAGCUUUUGAAGGUGGAACGAGAGAUCGAGAAGUAGGGAACUACACUGUGAGUUCAUAUCCAGUGAGAACUAAAAGAGGUCUUGAUCAGGUUUACCCCACCACUGCAAAUGGUGACCAGUAUCAGUCUCAGGCUUCUCAUCAGAGCAAUCAGGUGAGAAACGUAUACCAAAAAGAUGUUCACGGAAACAGAAGAGCACCAAUAGUGGAGGUGAACCAGCAUCAUAGCCACAAUGGCUUCCCACAUGCUAAUGAAAACCAUUCCUUUGAAAGCUCCCUCCUGCAAGAGUCCAGAGUAAUACAGGAGGAGGAGAAUGAGGAGUUCAGACAAGGCAGCUGCAGGGGUCAAAGAGAGCCCAGGCGAAGAGCUCACUCUCUUAGGGAGGAUCGAAGAUGGGAAGCUAGGGAUAGCAGACGUUACAGUGGGAACUACAGGGAAAGACGUGUUCAGCAGGGUAAUGUGGAGGACAGCUCAAGUACUGAAGAGGAAGAGAUGGAGAGGGAGAGGAGGAGGGAGGAGAGAAGGGCCCGGAGACUUCCCCAGCGCAGUCUCAGUCUGGCCUGCGGAGGGCGCUCUUCCAGAGCAGGUCCCGCGCUGAGGAGGAAUGGAGCCUCUCUGGAUAUGGGGGAGCUGGAGCAGGUCCUGCUGGAUGAGGAGUUGGCUCGAAGGCUACAGGAAGAGGAGGAGACGUUGCUCAGAGGCGAUCCUCAGUCAACCCCAGUGUCAGCUCUCCACAGCCCUUACCCAGAAGGAGACUUCAGAGUAGCUCAGGUUGCUCAAGAUGAGGAGAUUGCACGCUUCAUGCAGAAGCAGGAGAUAAAGGCAAAGCGGCAGUCUCGAGAGCUGGAGGGCUGUGGGACGGGGAGGCAGUACAGAGAGAUGACGAAUGAUCCAUAUGAUGAUAGAGCUGCAUGUGGCAGACAGGUGCAGAGAGAGAGACUGGACUCAGAGGGGCUUCUCUCUCCCACUGAGGAUUUCUCCCCAGAACAUCAGCCCCCUAGUCCAAUCGCCAUGGCUGCGCAGCAGCAGCCGUUCAGGAAUAUAGCUGAGGAACUGGAUCCAACCUUUCACCGGAAAGAGAACAUGCAGGCUGGACCCAACAUUUCCGGGCCCUGCCAAGUCCAAGCCACUCCACAGACAGGCUCAUGCGGCGUCACGCAGGACCCUGCAUUCGUUCAGCCCACCAAGCGGCAAAACGACAAGCCAGUGCGAGUAAAGACCAAAGAGAAGAAGGAGAACACAAGACCAAAGGAGAACUGUAAGCAGCAGUGAUGCUGUGAUGUUGUGAUGCUGGCAGAGCUCGAGGUCUGUUUACAGUGGGGAGGACUGGGUUAACACGUGAAGACAGCUCACCUACUUAUUCAGUAGAUAACAGGGUCACGUUUCUGAGGGGUUUCCCAAUCCUUUACUUCCAUUUUCUCUGGUAGAUGUGGGGAAAGUUUACCCUUGAGGUAAUAAUGUAGUAAAUCUGGUACAUUAGGCUGCAGUCGUGUGAAAGGGAGACUCCGUCGGGAGACUAAUCUGAUUAAAGUUCAUUUACUGUGUUGAUAAUAUCCCAGCGUACUUUUUGUAUUAGUCAUUUUUCUUUUCAUUUUUUAUUUGUUACGCCUUGCACGUGUGUGCAGGGCCGGGGCUGGGCUCGUGCCACUGGGAAUGCGCUGACUAAUUCCGCUCUGAGUUCUAGUUUUGCUUACUAGAAAGCAAAACUAUCAGUGUCUUUGUGAACCGUAGCGUAGAGCUUCUGCAUGCCACGCCUCAGUUGCAUUCCUAGAACUCCCUUUCUGAGUCACGUUGAGGAGAUUAUAUUGCACAAAAUCUCUGUUUAAAAUGAAAUUUCUUAACCACAAACGUAGUUUCCCUUCUGCUUGCUUUUCUGCAUUAUUCCUGAAGCGUUUCCCAUAAAUAUUAUUACUUCUCGUCUACAAAAAAGCCUGUUUUGUCACAUUGUAUAGUUUGUAUAAAAAAAAGAAAAAACUUGUAUUUGACUUCCUGCACGAGGCUUUCGGUUUUUGUGUGCUUAUUUAUGAUAUAAAACUGAAUAAAUAAAAAAAAAACUA